UAUAUGAUGUGAGCAGCCAAAGACCCAGAGCAGCAAUAGCCCUGACAAGUGGUGUGAGAUACAGUGCACUGCCCCAUCUAACAACAGGAGAUGCUGUAACAGUGCAGUUGGAUAUUCAGUCAAAUGGUGAAUCCAGACAAAUUAUUGCAGCCUCUGUAUACCUGUCAUUUGACUCACAGCAGCCACCUCCAUCACAGGAGUUCAUGGCGAUAGUCAAUUAUGCCAAAGAUAAGGGCCUCUCCGUACUCAUAGGCUGUGAUGCCAACUCCCAUCAUGUGUGCUGGGGGAGCUCUGAUAAUAACCCUAGAGGCAGGUCACUGUUAGAAUAUUUGAUGACAGAAGAUCUGCUUAUUCUUAAUCAGGGCAAUGCACCUACAUUCCAAACAGUUAAUAGGGAGGAGGUCAUUGAUAUAACAGUCGGGUUCAUGGACUUGGUAAACAGUAUAUGUGACUGGGAGGUGUCCCCAGAGGAAACCAUGUCAGACCAUCGACGUAUUCAGUUUAAGCUGAAGAUGGGGAAACCACACCCAGUCACUUACAGAAACCCAAAAANCACUGACUGGAAUCUGUUUACCAGCAGUUUAACCCAGUUGAUGGGUGGAAGAAUUGCCAGGAUUAAAACUGUGCAAGACAUUGAAACAGAGGUCACAAGCAUGACUGAUGCUGUGCAAACUGCUUAUAAGUCUGCCUGUCCGGAGAAAAUCUGGAGGCCUUCAAAGCAGCCGACUUGGUGGACUUCAGAGUUGUCUGGCCUCCAUAAGGCAGCAAGAUGUAAAUGGCAAAGAUACAGAUCCCAACCAAGCAAAACCAGGUGGGAACAGUAUGUAAAGUCCCGCAAUCACUAUAAAAGUGUUCUAAGGGAGUGUAAGAGGCUUUCCUGGAGGAAUUUCUGCGAAGAAGUAAAAGGGCCUAGUGCCUC